AUGGUGGACUACUACGAAGCGCUGGGGGUGAGCCGCAAUGCCACCGCCGAUGACAUCAAGAAGGCGUACAGGAAGGCUGCGCUGAAAUGGCACCCGGAUAAGAACCCAGACAACAAGGAGUACGCCGAGCAGAGGUUCAAGGAGAUUGCCGAGGCGUACGAAGUGCUGUCAGACAAGCAGAAGCGUGAUGUCUACGACCGUUAUGGCAAGGACGGACUCAUGGGGGCAGGACCAGGGGGCUCCAGGGCCGAUGCCGGGGGCCCCGAAUUCACCUUCACCUUCCGCAGCGCUCACGACGUCUUCCGGGAUUUCUUUGGCGGGCGAGACCCCUUUGCUGACUUCUUUGAUGAGAUGCUGCCCUUCUCUGAGCUGCGAGGACCUGGCCCCCGGCACCACGGGGGAGGCCACUUCUUUUCUGCCUUCCCAGGAUCCUCAGAAUUCUUCGCCUCGUCCUUCGGCUCCGGCGCCGAUGCAGGGCUGGGCUUCCGCUCCGUCUCCACCUCCUUUGUUAACGGCAGGCGCAUCACCACCAAGCGGAUUAUCGAGAACGGGCGGGAGCGGGUGGAAGUGGAGGAGGAUGGGGAGCUGAAGUCGAUCCACAUCGAUGGUGUCCCCGAUGACAUGGCGCUGGGGCUGGAGCUGAGCCGGCGGGAGCAGCAAGCCUUCCCCAGCCCACGUC